AUGUCUAGCAAUACCAAUACAAAUACACGAUUAUCCAGCAACAAGGAAGUUCGAUUCAAAAAAAAAAUUUUAAUUACAAAAUACACGUUAUUAUGGCACGGCCGGAAUCCGGCGGCAAGGAACCUGCCGGAACUUGCUGGAAUCGUCGAAAACUGUGCCGGAAUCGUCGAAAACUGUGCCGGAAUCGAGAAUAGCUGUACCGGAACAGGCUCAGAUUUCAACGGAUCCAGUCGCCGGAAUGAUCGACCUGGGCAAAAAGAAGCUGCAUCAACAAAGUUAUUUCCUUUACUUUCAGAAGAAAUUUAUCUUUUUGUUAUGGCGAUUGAUCCCGUAAGUUCUUUUCCUCAGCACUCAUCCCAUCAGUUCUCGGUUCAUACGAUGAAUGUAUGCAUAGUCACAACAGAAGUAGACCAUGUCGAAAACAAAAUGUUAGUCUUAAUGAUCGAUGAAGCAAUGAAAAGAUGUGUCAUCGAGCCUAGUCAGAUAUUAAAACACUGAACGAUUUGAUGAAUAACAGAUAAUAAAUUGAAACGACUAGCUCCUAAUAGU